GUGGGGGUGAGAGGCGGCUGAGCCGGGCCGGGGAGCGCCCCGAGGCCGGGCCGAGCGCCAGCCAUGUCGCGGAGCACCGGCUCGGAGGGCGGGCGGCCCCGCGGGGCCGGUCCCGGCUCCUCUCUCCCCCGGGAGGCAGAGCCGGGGGCCGCCGCCCCUUUGCCGCCCCCGCCGCUCCCCUUGCAGCCCCCCUUCGGCCCCGGCGCCUACCCCGGGGAGGGCGGCCCGGCCGAGCUCAAGCCGGUCCGGCGGUUCAUCCCGGACUCGUGGAAGAACUUCUUCAGAGGGAGACGCCGCCACGGCUCCAGCUGGGACAGCACGGCCUCCGACAUCAGGUACAUCUCCGACGGGGUGGAGUGCUCGCCGCCCGCCUCGCCGGCCCCGCCGCAGCCCCGCUCGGUGCCCGACUCCUACAAGGAUCCCUACGGAGGGUCGGGCGGGAGCUACAACUCGCGGAAGGAGGCUGAGGCCAUGCUGCCGGAGGACCCCUUCGGGUCACUGGAGCACCGGGCUGCCACCGGACAGACCUACAGCGAGCGCGUGGAGGCCUACAACCAGCGGUACGCCUACAUGAAGUCCUGGGCCGGGCUGCUGAGGAUCCUCUGCGUGGUGGAGCUGCUGCUGGGCGCCGCCGUCUUCGCCUGCGUCACGGCCUACGUCCACAAGGACAACGAGUGGUACAACAUGUUCGGGUACUCGCAGCCCUACGGCUACGGGGCCGGGAGCGCCUACGGCGGCUACUCCUACAGCGGGCCCAAAACGCCCUUCAUCCUGGUGGUGGCGGGAAUGGCGUGGAUCGUCACCAUAGUGCUGCUGGUGCUGGGCAUGUCCAUGUACUACCGGACCAUCCUCCUCGACUCCAACUGGUGGCCCCUGACUGAGUUCGGAAUUAACGUGGCCUUGUUCUUUCUGUACAUGUCGGCCGCCAUAGUGUACGUAAACGACACCAACCGAGGAGGGCUUUGCUACUACCAGUUGUUUAAGACGCCGAUCAAUGCAUCUUUUUGCCGCGUAGAGGGAGGUCAGACAGCAGCAAUCAUCUUCUUGUUUGUCACGGUGAUCAUCUAUCUAAUUAGCGCAGUGGUCUCUCUAAAGUUAUGGAGGCAUGAAGGAGCUAGGAGGCACCGGGAAUUAAUGGAGCAGGAGAUGAAAACACAGUCUUCUUUUCCAGAAAAGAAGUAUGAAAGUGAUGACAGACCAAGAGAAGAGGUCACUUACAGGCAACUUAAAUCAAUGGAAAGAAAACCAGAACUACUUAAUGGUCAUAUACCUGCAGGCCACAUUCCUAAACCUAUAGUGAUGCCAGACUACUUAGCGAAAUACCCAGCAAUUCAAACAAAUGAAAUGCGAGACCGGUACAAAGCAGUAUUCAAUGAUCAGUUUGCUGAGUACAAAGAACUGUCUGUGGAAGUUCACGCCGUAUUAAAAAAGUUUGAUGAGCUGGAUGCAUUGAUGAGGCAGCUUCCUCACCAUCCCGAAAGCAUCUAUGAACAGGAAAGGAUAUCAAAAGUUCUGCAAGAAUACAAGAAGAAGAAAAAUGAUCCUGCAUUUCUGGAGAAAAAGGAGCGUUGUGAAUACCUGAAGAAUAAGCUUUCUCACAUAAAACAACGAAUUCAGGACUAUGAUAAAAUUAUGAAUUGGAAUGUAGAAACUUAGCUAUGCCUUCACUUUGUGCAUACUACUCUAUUUUUUAAAUUGAGAUGCAUAUUUUAAACUAUUUAUUUACUCUUGGAACAGUACAACUAUGGGGAUUACCUAAUCACUUUGUCACUUAUUUAGAUGUACAUUACUAAUAGGUUUUAUACGCAGAUCCAAUUUUAAAUCAAUGUAAUGAAGUUACCAGCGGAGUUUAGAAAACCUGUGUUAACAUUCUGUUUUUAUUAGACGUACACAGCCUGGCCUCUUAAAGAUGCUUGCUUUCUUUGAAAAUACUGUAUUUGCAAACUUGCAGAGCCCACUGAAGAAAGCAUUUCUAAAUACCAUGUCAAAAGUUUGCACAGCAGUCCCAUUAAUAAUUUCAGAUUUCAUUUAUAAGUGAUACCUUAAUGAUACCAGAAAGAGUUGGGCUGUUCUUUCUGGGUUUAGGUUGUUGGUGUGCUUAAUCAUACUGAAUAAUUUUGGCAAACUGAAAAUUAGUUUACUAAGAUUUUUUGUAUUGUAUUUCCAAAUGCUUUGCUGUAUGUCAGAAAUUAGCUGGAAUUUCACCCAACAAGAGAAGCAAAAUAACUUCCUAUUUAAGCAACCAUAGUAAUGGUGGUGGGUAGGUUUUGUUGGGGUUUUGUUGCUGGGGGAAUUAAAAAAAAAAAAAAAAUCCUAUCUUUAGAGGUGAUGGAAUAAAUUUAUACAUGGCCUUUAAGGAACAGAGGUACAGGAUGAGACAUCAUGUUCCAUGAGCGUUGCAAUAGUCCAGGAUGCUCAGCAUACCUUUUCUGGGUCAUCUUGGUAGAAGUCCAUGGGUUUAGAGGCAAAACACUUCAUUCUUCAUCAGCAAGUAACAGGACGUUUUGUCUAGGCAGCAGUUGUUUGUGAAUUUGGCAUUCAGAGAGUAAGCAGAGCAAAAUUAAUUCUCAUUCAGAGUGUAAAUUAUUGAUAUCCUUUAUAAGGCCAGGUAAAAUGUUUUAAUAGACAUGCUUUCCAGAGCAUAUCAGUAUACAUUUUUUUAUAUUUUAUCAUGGGGAUAAGUUUGUAUAUGCAAAUGUUUUCAUAAGCCAGUAAAUUUUCUCUUUGUAUCCUUCUUCACAUCUUUGUUUACUUUUUUACCUACUAAAAUUGUUAGAAGCGUUAAUAGGUUCUUUGUAUAGUUUUCUACAACUGCAAUUUGUUUGUUCUGAAAUAUAUUUUAAUUUGAAAAAAAAAAAAAACCCAAAACAGCACUGUAGCCAUGUUAUUCUAUUGCUUAUACAGGCAAUUUGUUA